AUUUCCCACACGUGAUUGCCGUGUUUUUGCGCCGAGCGCUCGGCGGGCCGAGUGCACCUAUAAAUGCUAAUAACUUUGGCCAAGGAAAGAAGAAAGGCAGGAGCCAGAGGAGGGGAGGAAAGGAAGGGGAGAGGUGGGGGUGCAUAACUCGGGCGCUCUAUCCAUGCAGGCAGCCGGGAGGGAGGGGGAAGACAUGCCAUGCAAGCCAAAAGUCCCCUGCUUCGAGCGGCUGGCGCUCCCUCGCCUCGCCCCAGCUUGCUGCUAACCCUCCGCUCGCCGCCGGGGAGGUCGCGCCUGCCGCUCGAAGUCUCAUUCUUGGCCGCUCCGAGGGAGGGACAGAGGGUGGACGGGCGGGCGAGCGAGCGCCACAGACAAUGGCGGCGGCAGCGGCGGCGGCUCCUCCUGCCGCCGCCGCCGCCGCCACCACCUCCACCAGCAGCAGCAGCAGCCCCGGCGGUGCCAGCAGCGGCGACGGCAGCACAUUCCACCAGCAGCUGGAGCCCUGUUUAAGGAAGCCGCCGCGCAUGGACCCGCGGCGGAGGCAGGCUGCUCUCUCCUUCCUAACGAAUAUCUCACUGGACGGGCGGCCGGUGUUGCAGGGCGAGGAGGGCGGCGAGGAGAGCGACGUCGGCGCGGCAGCCGCUGCAAAGACUGCUUCUGCUGCAGCCUGCGGUAUCAGAAGCAGCAGCAGCAGCACCACCACCACCACCACUCGGAUUCGUCGGGGCAACCUGACCGCUUUCCAGCCGCCCGCCCCGCAGCAGUUCGGAGCUUAUGCUAGCGCCUGUGGUGGCAGCGGCAGCGGCAGCAACGUCAAGCUCAUGAGCCCCCUGGGAGCGGCUGGCCAGCCGCAGCAGGGCGAAGACGACGAGCCGGAGGAGGACGAGGACGAAGAUGCCUUUGCUAGCGUGCAGGUGCCCAUCGCCGCCGCCGCCGCCGCCCUCCCGGGCUCCUCUGGAACUCCGUGUGCAAGGGGUCGCCUCAACUCUUUCACUCAGGGAAUCCUGCCGGUCUCCUUCGCCAGAACCGCCCCACAGAACUAUUGCUGCCUCGAGCAAGGCCCGGUGGGCGCCAGCGCUUUUGAGCUGCAGAGGUCCAGACGUCGGCUAAUUUCCCAGAGAUCUUCAUUGGAGACUUUGGAAGACAUUGAGGAAAACGCUCCCUUAAGGAGAUGCCGGACUUUGUCAGGCUCACCCAGACCAAAGAACUUUAAGAAGAUUCAUUUCAUCAAGAAUAUGCGGCAGAAUGAUACGAGAAGUGGCAGAAUAGUCCUUAUUAGUGGCAGAAGAUCCUUCUGUAGCAUAUUUUCAGUGCUGCCGUAUCGGGAUUGUAGCCAUGUUGGAGAUAUGAAAACCGAAGGUGGAAGACAGUGUCAUUCUACAGCAGGUGUUUGCUUGAAAGAUAUAGUUGGCCUUGAAGGUGUGGAAUUAGGAGCUAAUGGAAAGACUGUUUCCUAUACCCAGUUUCUCUUUCCAACCAAUGCCUUGGGGGUACGGAGAAACACGAUAGACUCGACCUCAUCCUUUUCACAAUUUCGUAAUGCAAGCCAUCGUAGCCUUUCAUUGGGAAGAACUAAUAGCACCCAAGGGAGCAUUGAUACAGGCAGUGACUUGGGUGAUUACACUGAAUACAACCCUAACCUUCUAGAUGAUCCUCAGUGGCCAUGCGGAAAACACAAGCGGGUGCUGAUAUUUCCUUCCUAUAUGACUACAGUCAUUGAUUAUGUGAAGCCAUCGGAUCUUAAGAAAGAUAUGAAUGAGACCUUCAAGGAGAAGUUUCCUCACAUCAAGUUGACACUCAGUAAAAUAAGAAGCUUGAAGCGAGAAAUGCGCAAAUUAGCUCAAGAAGAGUGUGGUUUUGAGGAGCCUACUGUGGCUAUGGCCUUUGUCUAUUUUGAAAAGCUUGCUCUCAAGGGAAAACUCAACAAGCAAAACAGAAAGCUCUGUGCUGGAGCAUGCGUCUUACUAGCUGCCAAAAUUGGCAGUGACAUCAAAAAGCAUGAAGUCAGGCAUCUUAUAGAUAAACUGGAAGAAAAGUUCCGCUUGAAUAGGCGAGAACUGAUUGCCUUUGAGUUCCCGGUGUUAGUGGCCUUGGAAUUUGCUCUUCAUCUACCUGAACACGAAGUGAUGCCACAUUACAGACGUCUGAUCCAGAAUUCCUAGCACAAGCUACCCUUCCAAGAAGGGGGAGGGGUUUAAAAACUAUUGUCUAUUUUGCUCAGAAGAGCAGCAAAUUACUACUGAAAAUGCAAAAACGAAAAAAAAAUGGGAUGCAGAAGCCCCAGUGCCCUUUCUUCUCUUUUCAAUGCAGCUUUUCAACCGGAUAGUAGGAAUAAAGCAGUGAAUUCCUUAAGACUUCUCAGGCUAGAUGAACUGUUUAGCUACUCAGUGCAAAUGUUGAAUGAGUUCACAUAUGAGUGAACAGUGGGUGGAACAUUCAUAUGAUAAAUUGUGGACCAAAAAAGAACUUCACUGGGUUGCCCAAAUAAUUCAUGGAAGAACGAGGAGUAUUAGCACCUUUCUUUUACACUUUUUGAAAAUUAUCCUGUUGACCCAUUUGGAACUGGAUGCAUUUCCUGCUAGAGCUGAUGUCCACCUAACGAUGGAUCAAAAUCAAUGAUGCGUUGUGAUUAUAUUGUCACUGUGUCAACAAUGUGCCAAACUAUUUUUAUAACUGUUAUUGAAAGUGCACUUUUCCUGGUGGGUGGGUAGACUUUUCAGUUGUGUACAAAAUAUCGGACAGAUUUGGAACCCUGUGGCAGCCUUGAAUCAUUGCAGUGAUAUUGUUUACUAAAGAUCAGAGGACAACCUUUUUCUGUUUGCUUUAUGAAAACUACUGGAAGAGAGACACAUGGCUACAUUGGAAUAAGCUCAGAUAGUAUUUUCCAAUUCCUGAUUAUUUGAUUUCCCUAACACCAACUUUUUUUUCAAGUUCAUAGUACUUAAAAAAAAGCUACAUGUACAAGAAAUAACUGGUUUAUGUUUUCACCUUUGUAUGUGAUGCCAUUCAGAAAUUCAAAACAAAGAUGCUAUUAUAUGAAGAUCUUGUUUUAGGCCACAUGCAUAUUUCUAAUCACUGCACUUUUCCCUCUUGUGUAGAUGGUUAGAUUUGCACUUAGUAGUGUUGUUAUUUUGUACUCUAUGUUAGAGUGCAUUCCAAGUUACAUUGAUGAUGCUCUAUGUUUAAGCAGUGUUUUAUAAAACCAAAUUGUACUGCUGAGGGCAUAUUCAGCAGCAGCCUUGGGCCCUCAUAGUAGAUGCAUCCCUAAUGUAAGAAAUGUUUAUUGUUGAACAAUUGUUUUCACUAGAAAUGACUGUAUAAAAUCAAAUUUAAAUUAGGGGCCAUUAAAAUUGCCAUUUUUUCAUACUGCUCUGGAAUCUUAAAAACUUUAUAAACCGCAUGUUCAUAAAAUACAACAUGUAAGCUGUAAGAAAAAAAAGCAGAUUGUCCUAGACCAACUGCUGCAAUUUCCAUGUAUUCUGUUUUCUAAAUAAAUGUAUGUAUGCAUAGAUUCUCUCUCUCACACACACACACAGAUCUGCAAGAUGACAGACAGGUGGAUGUGCUUCAUAACAUGCUAUAGAACAAGCAUCAGGUAAUUAAAUUACUAUUUUUUAUAUAUAGUUUAUGCUCAUGUCCCACUUUUUCCACUGCUGAUUUACUUGGUACAGAUUAUGAUUGGCACAAUAAUUGAAAUAAAAUCAAGUGUUUAU